AUGGAGCAAGGGGAUAUGAUACUGAAUUUGUUGGACUCCGUGCGAUUACCGGAAGAGAACAGUUGCUGGGUAGACAGCUGGUGGCAAGCUGAAGUUGCAGAAAUUAUUACCGCGCUGUCGAGCUCAGAAAUAAAAAACGACCUCCUCUACGAAUUUCAGAUGGAUGUUCUUGGGAGAAAACUUGUUUUCGUACUUCAGGUCUUGUCACGCUUUGCCAAUAAACUUAUAAACGGGCCAUAUAUUGACGAGCAUACGGAUCAAGUUCUGUCGCAACUGGUAGAAGAAGACGAUGGGAGUUUAUUAGAUUACAUUGAAACAAGAAGCACAGCUUUGAGAUCCAUCGCGCAACAUCUUGCCAGUGCAAGUGCAGAUUGCACACGAGUGUGGGAAGAGACCCAGAACACAGACGCACCCAGCAUUCUCCCUGAUCUGAUCUGGCCGCUGAGAAACCAGAAUCACCCGCCCGCUCCAUCCUCUGUUGAUUUGCAUAACUCUGAAUCAGUUAUGAACAGUGCGAACUUUGGGGACGCAAAUGCCAUGGAAUCCGACAUUAUUGACUCGCCAAGCCAGGACUGGCACGGAAACGACGCGGCUGAAGUUCCUUCACUUGGCGACUUGAAAUCGAGAGGUAAGGGUAAAUACAGUUGUCCACAAGGGAUAAACUGCAAGAAGGGUGGCGUAGAAGGUGGUAAAGUGAAAGUGUUCACUAGGAACUCGGAGUUCAGAGCACAUCUUCUCAAGCAUGAGAAGAUGUACAAAUGUGAUCUUGCAGGAUGUCCCAACAAGAAAGGAUUUUCGCGACUCGAUCAGCUCGAAAGGCACAAGCGUCUGGUGAAGCACGAACAAUCGGUUUGGCGUGAGGAGAAUCCGGGCCAAGGCUCUUGA